AUGGCGCCCGUCGUGCAUCGCGCGCGGCCCAAGUACGCGGCGGCGCUGCCGUCGCCGGCCUGCCUCCACGAGCUGCGCGUCCCGGGCGAGUUCGCGGCGCGGCUCGGCGGCGAGGACGGAGCGGCGGCAGCGGUGGUGCUGCUGGUGAGCCCGCUCGGCAAGGUCUGGCGCGAGGAGCUGCGCCGCGCGGGCGGCGGCGGCGGGCCGUGGCAGCUCGGCGGCGGCUGGGCGGGGUUCGCGGCCGCGCACGGCGUCGAGGCCGGGUGGAGCGUGGUGUUCAGGUUCGAGCGGCGCGGGGUGGCCACCGUCAGGGCGUUCGACGCGGCCGGCUGCCUCGCGCGAUUCUGCACGCCUCACGCAGGUGUGGCAGCAGGCAAGAGCAGGCCCCGGUUCAUCAGGUUGCUUCACACUGACGACCUGGAAAAGAUGAGAAUCCCUGACAAGUUUGUGCAAGAGCACCUGACUGAGAAUUACCCCAGCAGCCAGAAGGCCAUGAUUUUGAGCCCUCUUGGCAAGUUCUGGCGCGUCGAGCUAGGUCGGCACCAGUCGGGCAUGCUACUCGGAGAUGGCUGGGCGCGGUUUCUGACGGCUCACGAUCUCUCGGAAGGGCACAUCCUGGUGUUCAGGUAUGAAGAUAACAUGGUGUUUACAGUUGAGACAUUCAUGCAGAACGGGUGCCUGAAGGAGUAUGAAGCAGAGGCUGCAGACAUGACUGAUGAUGCGAUAGGGCCAAGCAGUGUGCCUCAACAAGGUGUUAAAGAGCUUGUUGUUUCACCUGUCAAGAAGAAAAGGAAGACCAGGAAUGAAAAUACUUGUUUGGAAGUGUAUGGCAAUAAGCCAAAUCUUUCCCCAAUUUCGUCGAAGAAGGUUGCAUCGCAGAAGAAACUUGUCAGCACUGUGCCACGUCAUUCAUUCACAAAGCGGAUUACCAGACAUGAUAUUACUAGCCUCAUUGCUGUGAAAAAGUCCAUUUGCUCUUCAGUUGGUCUUUUGGGAACAUGUGAAAUCACAAUGAAAAUGUCGAUGGGCAACACAAGAUCUUGGCCGGUAUUGUUCAAAAUGGCAAACAACUUUGGCUACAUAACUGGACAAGGUUGGAAAAGGUUUUGCUGUGAAAGCAAGCUAAAAGAAGGCGACCACUGCACCUUCAGCGUCAUCGAAACAACUGUCUGGCAUGUUACAGUUGUGUCCAGCUAG